AUGUUUAUCCUGCCUGGAUUGCUCACAGCCAUAACCACAUUUGACAGGGUGCAAAAGUUUCUCACUAGGCCUAUUCACCAAAACAGUCGCGAAUUAGGUCGAGAUGCUAUUAAACCUUAUAGCCAUGAUAACCAGCUAUACCGAGAUUUGCUAAUAGACAAUGCUGGUAACACCGAUAACACCGAAGACUACGCGAUAUUAAUCCAAAAUACAACGGUUCAGUGCAAAGAGGCAGAAAUCCCUAUACUGAAAGACAUCAGCAAGAACAUUAAGCCUAGAUGGCUUAUGCUUCUUACUAGACCAACGGGAUCUAGGAAAACAUCCCUUGCUCGGUUAAUUAUCGGAGAAGGUCGACUUCAGAGUGGAAAGAUAUUAAUACUAAGUGACAAAUCCCCUUGGCUGAGAAAUGGUACGAUUCGCGACAUCAUAGCAGGCCCACCGGGGUCCAAGGUGACCGAUGAGAAGUGGUAUAAACAAGUUAUUUUUGCUUAUGACUUGAUAUGCGUCAACACGCUAAUCCUAAAGGCUCUUGCUUAUAUAAUAUACUCGAAACUUGAUAUUCUGGUUCUCGAUGAUGUGUUUAGUGUAUUAGAUACUAGGACUAUAAGCCGUAUCAUGCACAGACUCUUUAGUCCAGAUGGUCUUCUACGAUAA